AUGGAUUCCCCAGAUAGAGCAAAUCCUAUACUUCCAGCUCCGGGAGUGAGCAGGAACUCAGCCAGCAAUACUGAAGCUAGUCGAUCUCCAGAUCAACAGAAUGACGACGUAUCCACAAACCAGGUUUCACGGGAGGAAGCGUUUGAGAAUAGCAGAUGUAUGCAGGCCCUUCUGCGUUGUAAGAAGUCUUUAUACAUGGGGACAUACAACGCAAACACCUUAAGAGAUGAAGACAGAGCCUUGGAACUAGAGCAAUGCAAUCAUCACCUAGGCAUUGAAAUACUGGGAGUACAUGAGCAUCGUAUCAUCCAUAAUGACCCCGUUGAGUUCAGAAAAAUCGGUACCAGUUACUUUAUAACAUCCUCAGGUUGGAGAAAUGAAAAACAAGCUUCCCAAGGUGGAGUGGGACUACUGUUAGGUCAGAAAGCAAGAAAAGCCCUGCUAAAAGCCAAGAGUAUCGGUAAAAGAAUCAUGAUCGCUGAAUUUGACGGCAAUCCUAAAACAACAKUGAUUGUCGUAUAUUCACCUACCAACUGUGCAGAUGAAGAAGAAGUCGAGGAAUUUUACAACGACCUGAGAAACACUCUUUAGGAUGUCCCGGCACAUAACUUCCUUGCAUGUAUGGGAGAUUUUAAUGCAAGACUAGGGCCAGUCGACGUACCAUUCACAUAUCAUGACAAAACGAACAGGAAUGGAGAGUAUCUCGUAGAAUUAUUAUCUGAGUACUGCCUGAUAGCAUCUAACACACAGUUUCAGAAGCGUUCAGGAAAACUGUGA